AUGUUUGGGCCCCUGACCUGGGGUUGGAAGAACUUCCUGCCCAGUGCAACUCUGCUCUCCAUGAGAAGCACCAGCAGUGUGGCCAAUAGUAGUCUCAAACUGGUCAACAAAGUCGCAGUGGUCACAGGAUCCACAAAUGGGAUUGGCUUCAGUAUUGCCAGGCGUCUGGCCCAGGAUGGGGCACACGUAAUCAUCAGCAGCCGGAAGCAGCAAAAUGUGGACAAGGCUGUGGACACACUACAGAGGGAAGGACUGAGUGUGGUGGGCACUGUGUGUCAUGUGGGGAAAGCUGAAGACCGGGAGCGACUGGUAGCCACGGCCCUGAAACACUGUGGGGGUGUGGACUUCCUGGUGUGCACAGCAGGGGUCAACCCCUUUGUUGGAAGUACCUUGGGGAGCAGUGAGCAGGUCUGGGACAAGAUCCUGAGUGUGAAUGUGAAGGCCCCAGCCCUGCUGCUGAGCCAGUUGCUGCCCCACAUGGAGAACAGGGGACAAGGUUCUGUGGUCCUGGUCUCCUCAGUUGCAGCUUAUCUUCCACAUGCUAAGCUGGGGGCCUACAAUGCCAGUAAAACAGCCCUGCUGGGCCUCACCAAGACUCUGGCAGUGGAGCUUGCACCGAAAAACAUUCGGGUAAACUGCCUAGUACCAGGAUUUAUCAAAACAGACUUCAGUCAAGUGGUAAGUACAGAGAAGAGCUUCUUCAAGUACUCCUGGGAAAGUGUCACCAGCUUCACCCAUCUCCUCUCUCCAUGCAGAGUGGGGAAACCUGAGGAAUGUGCAGGACUGGUGUCCUUCCUGUGCUCCCCAGAUGCCAGCUACAUCACCGGCGAGAACAUUGUGAUAGCCGGUUUUUCCCCCCACCUCUGA